GAAGAGGGGAAAGAAAACAGAAGCUUUCGAUUUUCAAUUGAAAAAAUAUUAAAACCAAAAAGAAUAUUUUAACAGUUCCUCCCCGUGUAGAAGUUCCUUAAGAAGUGUGUCGAGUGAUUCGAACCUGAAAAGCUCCGAAACUCUCCUCAAAAGCAUGUAAAACGAUCCAAUUCCUCAUUUAGUGCAAGAAACAACUUUUUGCAUCUCCUAAUAACAUGGAAGCAAUGGAAAUUGAUCCUGAAACUAAUUCAAAAGGGAAGGAUGAAGCGAAACCCAUAAUGGUAAUCUUGAUGGGUGCUCCAGGAAGUGGUAAGUCUACAUUUUGUGACCUUGUAAUGAGAGUCUCUACCCGCCAUUGGGUUCGUAUUUGCCAGGAUACCAUUGGGAAUGGUAAGGCUGGGACAAAGAACCAAUGCUUGGCAGGUGCAGCUAGUGCGCUAAAGGAAGGCAAAAGUGUAUUUAUAGAUAGAUGCAACUUGGAUAGAGAACAGCGGGCCGAUUUUGUAAAGCUUGUUGGUCCAGAAGUUGAGAAGCAUGCUGUGGUACUUGAUCUUCCAGCUAAGGUUUGUAUUUCUCGGUCGGUUAAGAGGACGGGGCAUGAAGGAAACUUGCAAGGUGGGAAGGCUGCUGCAGUUGUGAAUAGGAUGCUACAAAAGAAAGAGUUGCCUAAGCUGAAUGAAGGAUAUGCUCGAAUUACGGUUUGCCAAGAUGAAAACAAUGUUCAAGCUGCAAUCAAUACGUACACUGCACUUGGUCCAUCAGAUAAACUUCCACCAGGCUUUUUUGGGCAGAAGAACUCAGAUGCCAAAGUCCAACUUGGUAUAAUGAAGUUCCUCAAGAAAAAGGAUCCUCCUGGAUAUUCUGAUACUGUGACGAAUGUCUCUCCAGAGAAUAUUCAAUCUCAUGCCACCAAGAAAACGGACUCCAACCAAGUAGUAGAGAGCCGUGAAGAACCUAAAAUGACAGCUGCUGGCAGUAACAUUUCUUUAGAAAAUACCCCCACACUUGCAUUUCCAUCUAUUUCUACAGCAGAUUUCCAUUUCAAUCUUGAUAAAGCAUCGGAUAUAAUAGUUGAAAAGGUUGAAGAAUAUGUAAAUAAGCUUGGAAAUGCUAGGCUUGUCUUGGUGGAUUUGUCUCAGAAUUCAAAAAUACUGUCCCUUGUCAAGGCUAAAGCUGCAGAGAAGAACAUCGACUCCAAAAAGUUUUUUACAUUUGCGGGGAAUAUAACUAAAUUAUACUCGGAAGGAGGUUUGCACUGCACCGCAAUCGCUAAUGCCACUAAUUGGCGACUAAAACCAGGAGGUGGAGGUGUAAAUGCUGCUAUAUUUAGUGCAGCUGGUCCUGCCCUUGAAACUGCAACCAAAGCUAGAAUUGGAUCCCUUAGUCCUGGAAAAGCUAUUGUUGUCCCUCUUCCUUCAUCUUCUCCCUUGUUUAGUAGGGAAGGGGUUACUCAUGUCAUACAUGUCCUUGGACCAAAUAUGAAUCCCCAGAGACCAAACCAUCUCAACAAUGACUAUGUCAAGGGCUGUCAAAUACUCCGGGAAGCUUACUCAUCUCUUUUUGAUGGUUUUGCUUCUAUAGCUAGGACUCAAGGAGAACCGUCUAAGGAUAAUUUUGAAAAAGAACUGAAAAGAGAAGCUCAGCCAGAGCAAGGUUCUACAAAUGGUGAUCAGAAAGCCAAGCGGGAAGCUGUCUGUGAAGCUGACAUGAACAAGAAGUACAAAAGCUUUGUGAAAGAACCUGGACCCAAUGUUGGAAGUUCUGGAGAUGGAAAUAGUGGUGAACAGACAAGAAAGGCAUGGGGCUCAUGGGCUCAAGCUCUUUAUGACACUGCAAUGCAUCCUGAGAGGCAUAAGAAUAUAAUAGAGAAGUCAGAUGAUGUUGUUGUACUGAAUGAUCUUUAUCCAAAGGCUCAGAAACACUUCUUAGUGUUGGCACGCGUUGAAGGUCUUGAUCGUCUUGCAGACGUUCAGAAGGAGCACCUCACAUUAUUAAAGACAAUGCACAGUGUUGGCUUGAAGUGGGCUGAGAUGUUUUUAUCUGAAAAUAAUUCAUUGAUAUUCCGCCUUGGAUAUCAUUCGGCUCCUUCAAUGCGUCAACUGCAUCUUCAUGUGAUAAGCCAAGACUUCGAUUCAAAACAUCUGAAGAAUAAGAAGCACUGGAAUUCAUUCAACUCGCCCUUCUUCCGGGAUUCAGUUGAUGUAAUAGAUGAAGUUAGCCAAAAUGGGAAGGCCACUUUGAAGGAUGAGAAUUUCCUUUCCAUGGAGCUAAGGUGCCAUCGAUGUCGAAGUGCACAUCCAAACAUUCCUCGCCUUAAGGCACAUAUUAGUUCUUGUCAAGCUUCCUUUCCUGCAUUUCUGCUGCAAAAUGGUCGUCUAGUUUUGUUAGAAGGUAAAGAUGCAGAUCAUUGAGUUUAGACACUAAGAUUGAGCUGUGUUGUAUUGAGACAGCAUAUGUAUAUACAAUUUGGGGGAAAAGUUUAGGCUGUUAGGAGGAUUAUAUGAACAAUUUCAGUUGGUCUUUGUUCCUGGUGACUUGAAAAUGUCCUUUAACAGCAAUAUUCACUUUGGAUUAGAGAUGGUUUAAUAUACGAUUGAUUUUGCUGUUUUCUUUA